ACGAACACCUCCACUCCACCGGGUCUGUGCUGCUCCGCGCGCAGCCCGAGCUCCUGCAGAGCCACAUCUUCCUCUGAGCUGAACGCGAACACGAACACGUCUCUGAUCCUGGAGGUUUGGAUUCGAACUCCUUCGGUUCUCUACGUGGACGACGGAGGGACGGAACUUUACGCAGGAAGUGUCCGCGUAGUGAGCGAGGCGACACCUGCGGGACCCGGGCGGAGGCUGGAACCAGUUCAUUCUGCGGCCACUUGUUGAUGGGGCGGCAGCUCAGAGACCGUCGGGAGUUUCUUAUGCGUAAUUUGGACAACACGCGGCGCGUCGCUCGGAGGAGAAGGAAGUUUGACUAAGCUGCGAGGAGGAGGCUUUGCGGCAGAUGGUGACUGGUGAUGUUUGGCGAGCGGUGACAACUCUCUACAUCACGUUACACGCGGCUGCCAGCAGGUGAGCGGCGGAGGCGGCGGCGACGGCAUGGGGAACCAGAUGGACAAGCUGUCACAUUUAAGUUACGCAGAAGUUCCCACGGUGGACCGGGACGGCGUGGACACGGAGGAGGGUCCGCGCAUCGGCGUCUCCUACAUAUUCUCCGGCGACGACGACGAGCUGGAGGACGGCUGCGCGGUCGACGGCACCGUGAAGGAUCCGAAGCAGGAAGAGAAGCAGUACGACCGGAGGGACGAGGUGGAGUGCUCCGUGUACAACCGGGAGGAGUGCAUCUACGACAAGAGCAGCAAGUGCGCCACCCUGGAGGUGUACUCCCCGGAGAACCUGCUCAACAAAUGCAAAGCGGGGGACUUGGUGGAGUUCGUGGCCACGGGGCAGUACCCGCACUGGGCCGUGUACGUGGGCGACUUCCAGGUGGUGCACCUGCACAGAGCCGAGGUGAAGAACAGCUUCCUGACGGACGCGAGCCAGGGCAGGAGGUGCCGGAUCGCGAACGACUUCUACCGAUUCAAAGCGCUGGGCGCGGACAUGGUGGUGCAGAACGCCAUGGAGCAGGUGGGCUUGAAGGACCGGGAGCUGAGCUGGAGGAACCCGGAGUGCUUCGCUGCCUGGUGCAGGUUCGGCAAGAGGGAGUUUAAGAUGGGCGGGGAGAUCCGGAUAGGCAAGCAGCCGUACAGGCUGAAAAUACUCAUGUCGGACAAACACUCGCAUGUGCUGGAGUUUCAGAGUUUGGAGGACGUGGUGAUGGAGAAGAGGAGGAACGACUACCUGGGCAGGAGGGCGGUGCAGCAGGAGCUGGCCGCGCACUUCAACACCGUCAACAGGGAGCCAGGAGCCGACUGAUGCUUUUCAUGCUUUUAGAAAACAACUGCUUUCCAAGACGUGACCCACCUCUGGUACCGAUGUGGCCCCUCUGCCGCCUCCCUGGGGCCCAGACCUUAUGGAUAUGAGCCCAUAAAGUGGCCCACUUGUAAAAUAACAAACGAGACUCAAGUAUCCCAAAACAAACGUGGGCCUCUUUUGGCAACUAGGGGGGGGGGGGGCUCUUGGAAAGGUGUAAUCUGGAUGUGAACCCAAAGUGGCCCAUUUGGUGACUGGUGUACACCACCCAAAUAGCACAAGACACACCCGAGCCACCUUUGGCACCUUUUGGUUGACAUGUGGCAUGGCUAUGGCUGCCACUGUUCCAUUCGGUGUGUGGGCUGAAUGUGGGAUGUGGGCCAAACACACUUUUGCCAUGUGGGAUGCAAAUAGAGUAGCAUUAUCAAACACUAUGUGUGGCUUCAAUCCAUUGAAAGCCUUAGUCUGAAUUGCAGCAUUUCUACUUAUGAUUUUGAAUUCUGUCUUUACUUCAUGUUUUCCUUAGUUUCUAACAAUUUAUUGCCUUAAAGCCACAAAUCACCCUCGGAUGCUAAAUGGCCUUAGCAAUUAUGAAUUCAAUUACUGCAUCGAUUGGAUCGGCUCGACACAGAAUGUAAAGUUUUGUAAACGCUCCCCUCGUCUUUCUGUCAGAGUGUUUCUCUAUUCAUCGGGUGUCCUGUUACCUGAUCCUCGUGCAGGUUUAAACUUCAUCCCCCGGCUCAGCUCACCUCAGACGCUGAAAUGUCAGAAGACGGAUCCUCUUCGUCUUUCCUGUACUUUCUUUUUCAAGGCUCAUCCUCACAACAGGCUCGACCUGAAGGAAUAACAAUGUGGUGGAGCAGGUCCCUCGUGUUCGUCUGUUCACAGUUUGUGUUGAAUGUGCCCAAAACACAAGUUAAACCACCGAUCACUGUCUCUUCUACCGAGGAAACUCCUGUCGUGUUGUGUUUUGAGGAUUCCUUCUGUCUUUGUGUCAGUUCAUGUCGAUUGUGUGAGUUCAUGUCCUGUCGUCUUCAUAUCAAAUAGCUGUGGACAUAAGAUCGUUCGCAGGGUUUGAGAGGUUAAAUGUUUGACUUCCUGCAGAAGAAGCAGAAGAUUAGAUUCACAAGACAAUAAAUAGCUGAUAUUAGAUCAGUCUUUUGUUUUUAAGUUUUACUCUCUGGUGUGUUAUUUGUUUCACAAACAGGUUAAACUCACCGCACAGACUAGAGUUGUUCCGAUGCCGUUUCCCCUUCGUGAUGCAGAACACCAAUCCAAUACCCUAAUAAAAUAUAUUUUAACUGCU